CGUCGUGGAAAAUCUGGAGCCAUAAUAUAAAAAGGGGUCCAACCCGAAUGCGUGCAGCCGUUUACGCGAAUAGCUCCGAAAGCGAAGGUGCUCAACAUUCGCUCUUCUCGUGAGAUCACCUUGCUCACUUCCACAGAGAUUCUACAAAGCUUGGCGUUCUCAACCUUUUAAUAUAUAUUUAUUACUUGGGACAUGGCGGAGGAGGGUUACAAGGUUAAGUUGAAUGUUUAUGACCUAAGCCAAGGACUAGCUCGGCAGCUCUCCACAUCGUUUUUAGGGAAGGCCAUCGAGGGUAUAUGGCACACAGGAGUUGUCGUUUAUGGUAAUGAAUACUACUUUGGAGGAGGUAUACAACAUUCUCCUGCUGGAUUGACACCAUAUGGUACACCAAUUCGGGUGGUGGAAUUGGGAGUCACCCAUGUGCCAAAGGAUGUAUUUGAAAUGUAUCUGCAGGAAAUCAGCUCCCGUUAUACAGCUGAAACCUAUAGUUUGCUCACACAUAAUUGCAACAACUUUAGCAAUGAGGUUGCUCAGUUUUUGGUAGGUGCAACCAUUCCAGACUACAUUCUGCAUCUCCCUAACGAAGUGAUGAGUAGUCCAAUGGGUGCUGUUAUAUUGCCCAUGAUACAGAAUCUGGAGACCACACUGAGGGCUGGUGCUGUCCCACAAGUUCCACAAUUUAGGCCUCCGGCAGCCCAGCCUCCGCGAACUGUGUCCACCACAAAUCCUGAUAACAAAGCAAAAUCUGAAGAGCAACUAACCAAGGCUGAGGAGCCAAAGACAACGGAAAAGGCAUUGCCACCUGCUGUCAAACCUGCAGGUGACCCCCUUGGGAAUGCCCGGAGCAAGGUGCAGGAGGAGAUAGGCAAAGAAUUUGCAGCAAUAAUGGCGACGGGGACAUUGCGUGCAAGCGAGGCUGCGGCGCUUGCAACAAGAAGAGUUAUGCAAAGAUAUGGGAACACGAGUGCCGCAAUGCCGCAGAGGAGUUAGAAUCAGGGGAAAAGAUAUUCUUUUCUAUUAGUUGUUUAGACCGUCAUUUAUCGAAAGCAUGGGUCUAAAAAUGACCCCUCAUGUGUUAUUGACAUUUUUAUAAUUUGACUUGUUCAUUCUAUCAAACGUUAUGAGUUGUUUAGACUUGUUCUUCUAUGCAACUAUAUAUUAUUACGCAAUCCUAAUA